AUGAAGGCCAUUCUGCUCCUCUCCGUCUUCAGCUAUUUCUUUGCAGCUUAUGAGGCCAGAAUCUGGUCCAGAUGUGAGCUUGCCCACUAUCUGAAGACCAGUGGGCUAGCUGCCUACAGUGGCUAUGACCUGGCACACUGGAUCUGCUUAAUUCAGCACCAAAGUAACUUCAACACCAGGACAUUGAUUAAGAGAAAUUCUGAUGGCAGUAGUGACUAUGGGCUUUUCCAGCUGAACAGCAGAAGGUGGUGCAAAGAAAGCAACUAUAGUUCUACAAACACCUGCAACACAGCCUGCAGCAAGUUUCUGGAUGGAAACAUUGAUGAUGACAUCAGAUGUGCCAAGAAGGUUGUGACAGAGCCUAACAGGAUGUCUGCCUGGGUGGCCUGGGUAAGGCACUGCAAAGGCAGGAACCUGUCUCCAUACCUGGCCAGCUGUAACCUGUGAAAACGUCCUUGAACAUGGUUCGUGGAAAAGGUGGCCUGGAAGGCAUGUUCUAAAGGUUCUUGGAGGCUCUGAAUCCCCACCCACCCCCCAC